GGAAAAAAAGAGAGGCAAAUCUCUGAAUCAUCUUUAUAUCAGUCGCUUUCGAGAAUUCAAAGCUGCUUCAAAUUCAUUUCAACGUUGAAGUUUCUAGAGAUUCGAUUAGGUUUUGAAUUUAAAGAAUCUCUGGGUUCAAUUGCUCUUUGUGAUCGGGAUUGAAUUCGAUUGGGAAUGGCUCAAGCUGUAGAAGAAUGGUACAAACAGAUGCCGAUUAUAACCCGGUCGUACUUGACGGCGGCUGUUGUCACCACCGUCGGAUGUUCGCUCGAGAUUAUAUCUCCUUAUAACCUAUACCUAAACCCUACUCUUGUGGUGAAGCAAUACCAGUUCUGGCGCCUCGUUACUAACUUCCUUUAUUUCCGGAACAUGGAUUUGGACUUCUUGUUCCAUAUGUUCUUUCUAGCUAGAUACUGCAAACUCCUUGAAGAAAACUCCUUCAGGGGAAAAACUGCUGAUUUCCUUUACAUGCUUUUAUUCGGGGCAACUGUUCUCACCGGUAUUGUUCUCAUUGGUGGGAUGAUACCCUACUUGUCUGUCUCUUUCUCCAAAAUCAUCUUCCUUAGCAACUCUUUGACUUUCAUGAUGGUCUAUGUAUGGAGCAAACAAAAUCCUUAUAUCCACAUGAGUUUCCUUGGCCUUUUCACUUUUACAGCAGCGUAUUUACCAUGGGUGCUUCUUGGAUUCUCUGUUCUUGUUGGUGCAAGUCCCUGGGGGGAUUUACUGGGAAUGAUAGCAGGUCACGCGUACUACUUCUUGGCGUUUGUGUAUCCACGAAUGACUGAUCGACGACCCUUGAAAACUCCAUCUUUCCUCAAGGCCCUAUUCGCUGAUGAGCCUGUAGUUGUUGCACGGCCAGAAGAUGUCAGGUUUGCUCAUGCGCCCUUUGAUGAAAUCCACCAAGACUAAAUCUCGAUCGUCCACAGUUCAAGUGUGUUCAGAUAGUGUUAAGAGGGCUGAUGAUGUACUCAUUCAUCGACUCUUCAUCUAUAUAAUAUGGAAGUUUUAUUAGUUUUUUUUCCUCCAUGUCUGACUUACAUAUGUGUGGUUUACCUCAUUGUGCAUAUAUGAAGGCAAAUUGUGUAUAAAGUCUCCCAACAUUCUAGUUUAUAAUAGUCAUUAGAUCA